AUGACGUUGCCUUUGCCAGGUUUCCCCAUCCUUGGAUCCCCCCCAAAAAACGGUCAAUCUAAUGUACCAACGGACCACAACUUCACGAUCCGUGGCACAUUACCCCCAGAGUCCAGAGCACCAGCGAUCACGGAAACAAUACCCCGUACACCACCACACCAGGAAUUAGCACGGUCGAUAGCCGCCGGAUGGCCUCGGGUCCGGCUCAAACCCAAAACUCAGAUGGACAAGUCUCAAACACAAUUACCUUGUAACAUUAUUCGCUCGUCGACACCGUGGGCUCAAGACUCACCUGAAUCCCAAGGACGAGGCGUUUCUCGAGAAAAGGGAACCAAAAAGGGGUCCAGCGCGAAUUUGGCUCAAACUCAAUCGGACAUUGGACGAUGGUGCUAUCCGACUCACACGAACAGACGUACGCCGCAGCCCAUCUUUGGUACAUCGGACAGCUUUGACUGCAAGACGAGCCGAAGCUUUGGGUUGUUGCUUUCGAUGCGAGAACUCUUUGGCGCUGUCGACUGUUUUUCGGGCAAGCGAGUGGGAAAGCAGAGGGGUUGUAUCCGUAGCCGAGGCGAUCCUGAGCCGUCGAUCAUCCCGACAUCUUUUGAGAGGGAGGCGAAUGCUUCGUUGCAAGCUUUGGUCGCUGAAGCUCCUGAAACCGCUCGCUGGGCCCAGAUUUUUUUGAUUUUUUUGCCAUUGAAGCCAUUCGCAACUAGCAUGACUGCUCCGCCAGCGCCAAGAUAUUUCUUUCAGCUCACUUACACCAUGUGGAAGGCGCAUCUCGAGUUGAUACUUCACAAGUAUCCUCAUCGGCAUACCCUCGACCUCACAUAUCAAGACCGGUCUCGGGUUGAAGGCAAUGAGUUGCGACUUGAUCACAUGACCGCAAAGGAGUACUCCUUCGCUUUGGAUAACAAAACACCCAUCUAA